CUUGAAAUCAAAUGGCGGAGGGUAGGAAUGAAAACCUUGUGGAUUCAGGUCCCAACUGCGGUAGGUUUACCAUCCGCUCUUUGAUCAGCACAGAGGACAGCGGAAAAACUCAGUAUGGACAACCAGAUACAGCCUAUGAUACUUUCCAGCAACAUAACCUCACAAAUACAAACACCUUUUAUAUGAGAACAUUCGGCUACAAUACAGUGGAUGCAGUGCCAAACUAUGACCAUUAUGCAAAAACAGAAAUCUCUGGGGAGACAAAGAAGGUCAGACCUUCUCUCCAAGAUCUUCACUCCAUCCUGAAGCCAGACAACAGUCAACUGCAGCCUCCUGAGUAUGAGUCCAACCAGGAGCCACCGUGUGGGGAAACUGAGACUGAAGGGGAGAAGUCAGCAGAAGAACCGGUUAGGUUUGGAUGGAUUAAGGGAGUAAUGAUCCGCUGCAUGCUGAAUAUUUGGGGUGUAAUUCUGUAUCUUCGGCUUCCCUGGAUAACGGCUCAGGCUGGAAUAGCAUUAACAUGGCUCAUUAUCUUCAUGUCUGUGACUGUGACCAGCAUUACAGGGCUCUCGAUCUCUGCCAUUUCCACCAAUGGAAAAGUCAAGUCAGGUGGGACUUAUUUUCUUAUAUCCAGAAGUCUGGGCCCUGAGCUGGGAGGAUCAAUCGGUCUGAUAUUCGCAUUUGCCAAUGCUGUGGCUGUUGCUAUGCACACAGUUGGAUUUGCAGAGACAGUUCGAGAUCUCCUUAAGGAUUAUGACUCAACAAUUGUGGACCCCUCCAAUGACAUUCGAAUUAUUGGUAUUAUUACCGUGAUAAUACUCUUGGGGAUUUCACUGGCUGGCAUGGAAUGGGAGGCAAAGGCUCAGGUUCUCUUCUUCAUCGUCAUCAUGAUUUCAUUUGUAAACUAUUUGGUUGGUACAAUAAUUCCAGCAUCAGAGGAAAAACAAGCCAAAGGAUUCUUCAGCUAUCGAGCUGAUAUUUUUGCAGAUAAUUUUGUGCCCCGUUGGCAAGGAGAAGAUGGCAGCUUCUUUGGAAUGUUCUCCAUUUUCUUCCCAUCAGCAACUGGGAUUCUGGCUGGAGCCAACAUUUCUGGAGAUUUGAAGGACCCUACUGUAGCAAUUCCAAAAGGGACCCUGAUGGCGAUAUUCUGGACCACUAUUUCCUACUUGGCCAUUUCUGCCACUAUAGGAUCUUGUGUGGUUCGGGAAGCCUCUGGAAGCCUCAAUGAUACAAUUAUAGAGGGUGCCUCAAACUGUGUGGGUCUUGCGUGUGGAUAUGGAUGGAAUUUUACUGAGUGUACAGUGAACCGGAAUUGUAAAUAUGGACUGAUCAAUCAAUACCAGACCAUGAGCAUGGUGUCUGGUUUUGCACCUCUCGUCACCGCUGGGAUCUUUGGUGCUACUCUGUCAUCCGCUUUGGCCUGUCUGGUUUCUGCUCCCAAAGUGUUCCAGUGCCUCUGUAAGGAUAACCUCUACCCAUUAAUUGGUUUCUUUGGGAAAGGCUAUGGGAAGAACAAUGAGCCUAUUCGUGGAUACAUAUUAACAUUCCUGAUUGCAUCUGCCUUCAUUCUCAUUGGCGAGUUAAACACCAUUGCUCCAAUCAUCUCUAAUUUCUUCCUGUGUUCCUACGCACUGAUUAAUUUUAGCUGUUUUCAUGCAUCCAUUACCAACUCUCCAGGAUGGAGACCUUCUUUUAAAUAUUACAGUAAAUGGGCCUCCCUGUUUGGAGCAACAGUAUCUAUUAUUAUCAUGUUCCUGCUAGCCUGGGAGUCAGCUCUGAUAGCCAUUGGCAUUGUCGUCUUUCUACUGGGCUACGUCCUCUAUAAGAAGCCUGAAGCAAACUGGGGCUCUUCUGUGCAAGCCGGAUCCUACAACAUGGCUCUGUCUCACUGUGUGGCACUUAAUCAAGUAGAGGAGCACAUCAAAAACUUCAGGCCUCAGUGUCUGGUGCUGAUUGGACCUCCUAACUUCCGUCCAGCUCUUGUGGAUUUUGUGGGAACCUUUACGAAAAAACAGAGCCUGAUGAUCUGUGGGAAUGUUAUUAUAGGGCCACGGAAACAGAAAAUCCAAGAACUGAACCCAGAAGGUCACAUCAGAUGGCUAAAUAAAAGGAAAAUCCGAUCCUUUUACACAGCACUGAUUUCUGAUGAUCUGCGUAGUGGAGCCCAGAUGCUAAUGCAGGCUACUGGUCUGGGGCAAAUGAGACCAAAUGUCCUGGUUAUGGGAUUUAAAAGCAAUUGGCAAACCUCUCACCCGAAGAACAUUGAAAGCUACGUGGGCAUAUUACAUGAUGCAUUUGACUUCAAUUUUGGAUUAUGUCUUCUGAGGAUGAAAGAUGGUCUCAAUGUGUCCCGUGUCAUGCAGGCCCACAUUAAUCCAGUCUUUCAACAGAAAGAGGAAUCAAAUAUGAAUGAUGGAGCAGAGAAUGGUGCAAGUUCUGCAGUUAAUGGGACAUUGGAUCCAGAAGCACUAACUGUUGAGGAGCAGACGAGCACUAUCUUCCAGAUUAAACAAGAUAAAAAGACAAUUGAUAUUUAUUGGCUUUUUGACGAUGGAGGGCUGACACUUCUGAUUCCUUAUCUACUCAGCCGCAAAAAGAGGUGGGAAAAAGUCAAAAUCCGUGUGUUUGUCGGGGGACAGAUCAACAGGAUGGAUGAAGAACGUAAAGCGAUGAUCUCUCUGCUCAGUAAAUUCAGGAUUGGCUUCCAUGAGCUGCUUAUUCUUCCAGAUAUCAACCAAAAACCUCGCCCAGAACAUGUUAAGCGUUUUGAGGAUCUUAUUGCACCAUACCUGCUGAAUGAUGGCUUAAAGGAUGAGAUGGUGGUAAAUGAGAUGAGACGUGAUUGUCCCUGGAAGAUAUCUGAUGAAGAACUCAAAAAGAACAGAGCCAAGUCCCUGAGACAAAUCCGACUAAAUGAGGUGCUGCUGGAUUACUCGCGGGAUGCCGCUCUGGUUGUCAUAACAAUGCCUAUAGCAAGAAAAGGGAAGUGCCCCAGCGCACUGUACAUGGCCUGGCUAGAAACUUUGUCACAAGAUUUGCGUCCUCCUGUCUUACUGACCAGAGGGAACCAGCGGAAUGUACUGACUAUGUACUGCCAGUAGUUGGAGCUGCGUCCCAAGAAGAUGAGUUACUAACUGGAAAUAAAAACUCAAAA